UUGCUGUCUCUGUUAAACGAGAGGCACGAGAAUUGUGAACGUAUUUUCCGACUCGUUCACCCUUCUUUAGGGUUUCUCGAUUUCGAUCAGCAUGACUGGAAUCCGCCGGAGCUAUCAGGCGUAGCGAAAGAUUUCCAGCUCUCUUGCUUGAUUUCGUUUCUUGGAUCGUAGAGAUGGCUGCUGCGAGCCUGGCGACCCCCGGCGCUGCCUCGAGCGCCGACCCCGCCCCGCUGCUCGGUACCCGCAACGGCGGCCGCCGCUCCGGCCGCGGAUGGGGCCUUCUUCACACCGCUCGGUUCCUCCGACGAGCGAGUGGCCGGCACAUGAUGCGGGAGCCGUCGAUGAUGGUGCGGGAGACGGCGGCGGCGCAUCUGGAGGAGCGGCAGAGCGACUGGGCCUACUCCAAGCCCGUGGUUUUGCUCGAUAUCCUGUGGAACCUCGCAUUUGUGGGCGUCGGCGUCGGGGUGUUGGUCAAGAGCAACGAUGAGACGCCGUCGAUGCCUCUUCGGUUGUGGAUCGUCGGGUACGCGCUACAGUGCAUCCUGCAUAUGGUUUGUGUGUGUAUCGAGUAUAGGCGUAGGCAGAUUCCCGAGGGGGCUCACCUGGACGAGGAAGAAGGCGGGAGUGGAAGGACCUCCGACUCAAAUUCACCAAAUGCAAUAGGAGAGGCUGCAGACGAUGAGCAGGGUGAGCAAGGAGGCAGUACUAGUUUUGUGAAACAUUUGGAGUCUGCAAACACUAUGUUCUCAUUCAUAUGGUGGAUUAUUGGAUUUUAUUGGGUUUCUGCUGGAGGACAAGAGCUGACCCAUGAUGCGCCACAACUUUACUGGCUGUGCAUAGUUUUCCUAGCGUUUGAUGUAUUCUUUGUUGUCUUCUGUGUUGCUUUGGCAUGUGUAAUUGGUAUAGCUGUGUGUUGCUGUCUGCCUUGCAUCAUUGCAAUUUUGUAUGCUGUUGCUGAUCAGGAAGGAGCAUCUGAAGAAGAUAUAUGCCAACUACCAAAAUACAAAUUUCGCAAGAUUGAAGAUUCGGAAAAGCUUGAUGAGUUAUCAGGGCGUUUCAGUGGAAUCAUGACCGAGUGUGGAAGCGAUCCACCUGUGGAACAUGCCCUUUCAGCAGAGGAUGCUGAGUGCUGCAUUUGCCUUUCACCGUAUGAAGAUGGUGUAGAGCUACGUGAACUUCCAUGCAACCAUCAUUUCCACUGUGGCUGCAUAGAUAAAUGGUUGCACAUUAAUGCCACUUGCCCACUCUGCAAGUUCAAUAUUAUAAAAAGCAACAACAAUGGAGGGGAGGUGUAGUUGAUGCUGAAGCCCUGUACUGCUGAUUGGAAAUGUUAUGUACUGCCUUGCAUUUCAGAGGUCUCAAGUUGUGUGAUCCAGGAGAGAGAGAGAGAGAGAGAGAGAGAGAGAGGUGGCAACUUUUUCCACCUCACCUUUCGGUACCCAAUGUUUGAUAGAAGAAAGACUGUUGCAAAGAACAUGCUUAAAUGUAAGUUUUGUGUGCUUCUGUUGGCUAUUUUCUUAAAAA